GCUGUCUAUACGUAUGUGUUAAACAUUUGACAAAGAAAACGAAAGUACUGACAUCGCCAAUGGAGGACCACCUCAGCGCCGCCAACAACAGGAUCAUCAUCGGUCUUGUGAUCCUUGCUGUGGAACUAAUUCUUGUGAUUUUUGUAUCGCUCGCGCCGGAAUCAAUGGAUUUGUCGGUUGAGCAGGCUAUCAAAGCUGGCAUAGAGGAGGAAGUCCAAUUGGUUGGUCCGUGUGAGCAGGGAGUCAACUGCCGUCUGCCAGAUUGUUUCUGCAGUACAUUCGAACACCACAUGAGCAGACGAGAUAUCCCUCAGAUGGUGUAUUUUGCAUUUGAUGACGGUAUGACAGCUGAAGCAGCCCGACAUUAUCGACGAUUGUUCAGAACUGGACGCAGAAACCCAAACGGUUGUCCCAUUUCUGCCACCUUGUUCGUAACUGACAAGUUCACGGAUUAUGGCGCGCUAGGAGAUCUUUAUAGGCACGGCUUCGAGCUGGCUGUACACAGUGUAACACAUAAAACGCUCAAAACUGGAGAAGAGGUCAGGAAGGAGGCGGUAGCGGAACGGGAUAACAUCGUUAGACUUUCCGGUAUUAAUCCAAAAGAAGUAGUUGGCUGGCGAAGCCCUAGCCUCAUAUCAGCCGGGGACGAACAGGACAGUGUCCUAAAAGAACUUGGAUUCACGUAUGACAUUUCGUUAACAUAUACGAGGUCACAUAUGAAUGAAAGUGAACCAUGGCCUUUCACACUGGACUUUUCCUGGCCGUUCCGAUGCCAUAUUCCUUCCUGCCCGAACCAAACACACAGGGGUUUGUGGGAAGUUCCUGUUAAUUCUAUGAGAGACUACAGAGAUGAAUUUUCGUGCGUCUAUGUUGACGGAUGUGUCAACAGACCGCAUAAUGUGGAGGAAGCAUACAAUUACAUUAUGUACAACUUCCGGGACAAUUACUAUGGAAACCGAGCUCCUUUCGGAUUCAACAUGCACUACGCGUGGUUGUUAGUCCCUGAAAAUAUGAAAGCCAUGGACAUGGCUAUUCGCGAUAUGUUGAAACAUGAUGACGUAUACAUUGAAAACGUUAAAAAUGUUAUCGAAUGGAUGAAGAAACCGACAGCGCUCGUGAACAUUUCUAGUUUCGAACCAUGGACUUGUUCGUAGGUGAUGCUAUAUGCUUUUGUAAAAGUCAUUUGGAAUAGCAGUCACUAUGCUAGAUACGUAGAUAUAUAAUGCUGGCUGAAUAUAUUAUAUACCAAAUUCCGUUCAACCAUUGCUAAGUCAGAUAUCCCAUUCGUAUAAUGUCUACAUAUGGUAUAAAUGAAGUCCUUUGAAAUAAAGUCCAAAAAUUGUA